AUGACUUCCGAGAAUAUUGCCGCUCUCCUCAGCACUAAGCAGGGCCAGAUCGAAAUUGCUAAACGACCGAUCCCGACUCCACAGGCAGACGAGAUUCUGGUUCACAAUAAGGCUAUCGCAGGCAACCCUGUGGACUGGAUGGUCCGCGACUAUGGGUUUGGCAUAACCGAAUACCCUAUUGUACUCGGCAGCGACGUCGCGGGAGUCGUGGAGCAUGUCGGAGCAAACGUCACCCGGUUCAAGGUGGGAGACAGGGUGCUUGGAUUCGCCGGCGUCCUGGCCACCUCAAAAGCCGAUCACGGUGCCUGGCAGACAUAUACCGUCGUUAAAGAACAAGCUGCGACCGUGUUGCCUAGUGCCAUGGCUUUCGAGGAUGCCGCCGUCUUUCCCAUGGCGAUGGCCACCUCCAUCAACGCCUUUUUCGUCCAGUUCGGCCUGCCCAGGCCUGCUGAUGCGCACUCGACCAUUUUCAGUCCGGGUACUGAGUGCCUCUUUAUCUGGGGCGGUGGCGGAGCCGUAGCUGCCUCCAUGAUACAGCUCGCCAAGGCACUCGGGUUCACCGUGUAUACCACCGCCAGCCCCAAACAUCAUGACCGGCUUCGUCGGCUCGGAGCCGCCGAGGUCUUUGACUAUGAAGAUGCCAACGUGGUAAACAAAGUCUUGGACAAAGUCAGCUCGGCCGGCCUCCACCUCUCGCACGCCAUUGACAACACAAGCAAAAAGGACACGCUACUCGCUACCUCGGAGAUUCUGGUCCGCAGCGGCGGCCCGUCGAGCAAGCUCGUGACGUUGCUUGACUGGCCCGAGGACAUGCCCUGUCCCGUGCAGAAAUUCAGCUUCUUUGCCUUUACGACGUUUGCCGAGCACGCAGAUCUCGCCGGGUGGUUCUUCAACGACUGGCUAGCCGAGGCGCUCGCUGAGAGGGUUAUCGUUCCUGCGCCUCCAGUUGUGAUUGUUGAUGGGGGUAUCGGUAGUGUAAUAAAGGUGUUUGAUCGUAUCAAAGCGGGAGUGAACGGGGUGAAGGUUGUUAUCCUGACCGUUACCAAAGUCAUAGUUGUAGAGGCCCAGGUCGGCCCAGCUAGUGAUAAACAGGUCCCGAGAGUCAAACAGAUCCCAGCCUGGGUAGAGGGCCCUGCGAUCGAUGAGCUGCUCGACGAGCUCCCAGACUACGCCAAUGUAGCCCGUGUUGAUGCGGUCGGGCGAGGGGAAUGCGCGACCUUGGCGCAUAUAUCUGCGAGCAACUCGAUGGAUUCGUCUCGACCGCACUUGGCCACGUCGCGGACUGCGGCCUCUACCCAGGAGCAAAGGACGACGUUCCCAAAGUACGGCGCCUCAGGGUCCACGAACCGCUCGUGA